CGCUCGCGGCGCGCCUGGUCCAGCCGCGGGCUGAGCGCUGAGCCGCGGCGGGCGCGGGAGCCGGGCUGGGGCGCGAGCCGAGCGCAGCCUGCCGCCGCUGCUGGGCCGAGCCGACGAGCAGGCGGAGCGAGCCGAGCGGAGUCGAGCGCGCCGGCGGCCGCUGGAGGAGCAGGGCACGGCGUGCAGGGCCCGCCGCUUAGGGGAUGCGGCUGCCUCCCCGGGCUGGUGUGUAGAGGGCGGGUCCCCGGCCUCGGGCGCGCGGCGGUGGAGGGGACCGAGGCGGCCAUGGCGACCCCUGGCAACCUGGGGUCUUCAGUCCUGGCGAGCAAGACCAAGACCAAGAAGAAGCACUUCGUAGCGCAGAAAGUGAAGCUGUUCCGGGCCAGCGACCCUCUGCUCAGCGUCCUUAUGUGGGGGGUGAACCACUCGAUCAAUGAACUGAGCCAUGUUCAGAUCCCUGUAAUGUUGAUGCCAGAUGACUUCAAAGCCUAUUCCAAGAUCAAGGUGGACAAUCACCUGUUUAACAAAGAAAACAUGCCGAGCCAUUUCAAGUUCAAGGAAUACUGUCCCAUGGUUUUCCGUAAUCUGCGGGAGAGAUUCGGGAUCGAUGACCAGGAUUUCCAGAAUUCCUUGACCAGAAGCGCACCCCUCCCCAACGACUCGCAGGCCCGCAGUGGGGCACGGUUCCAUACGUCCUAUGACAAAAGAUACGUCAUCAAGACCAUCACCAGCGAAGACGUGGCCGAAAUGCACAACAUCCUAAAGAAAUACCACCAGUACAUAGUGGAAUGUCACGGGGUCACUCUGCUUCCCCAGUUCCUGGGCAUGUACCGGCUGAACGUGGAUGGAGUAGAGAUCUACGUGAUCGUGACAAGGAAUGUGUUCAGCCACCGCCUCUCUGUAUAUAGGAAAUACGACUUAAAGGGCUCCACAGUGGCUCGAGAAGCUAGUGACAAAGAAAAGGCCAAAGAACUGCCAACUUUAAAGGAUAAUGAUUUCAUUAAUGAGGGCCAAAAGAUUUAUAUUGAUGACAACAAUAAAAAGGUGUUCCUGGAAAAACUGAAAAAGGAUGUUGAGUUUCUUGCCCAGUUGAAGCUCAUGGACUACAGCUUACUGGUGGGGAUUCACGACGUGGAAAGGGCUGAGCAAGAAGAGGUGGAAUGUGAGGAAAACGACGGGGAGGAGGAGGGGGAGAGCGACGGCCCCCACGCGGUUGGGACCCCUCCGGACAGUCCCGGAAACACGCUGAACAGCUCACCACCCUUGGCGCCAGGGGAGUUUGAUCCACACAUCGAUGUUUAUGGAAUUAAGUGCCAUGAAAACUCACCUAGGAAAGAGGUGUACUUCAUGGCCAUUAUCGACAUCCUCACUCAUUACGAUGCAAAAAAGAAAGCUGCCCACGCUGCAAAAACCGUGAAGCACGGCGCUGGAGCGGAGAUCUCCACCGUGAACCCAGAGCAGUAUUCAAAGCGCUUCUUGGACUUCAUUGGCCACAUCCUGACGUAACCUCCCGAGCAGCCUGGGACCGACCUGAGCAUGGGAAGGACGGAGGUGGCUUCAGUGUAGGGAAGAUGAAAAAACCAAACUCCAUGAAGCACUCACCUUGCAGGAAGCAAACCUCUUUGUUUACAUCUUCAGGCCAAGAUGACUGAUCUGGGGGCUACUAGCUUUCACAGCUACCUGACAUUUCCCAGCAUCGUUCUAGCUAUCUCCAACUGUGCGUGUGUGUGUGUAUGAAUGUGUGUGUAUGCGUGUACGUGCUCACAUUUUACAAUAAUUCAUUAAAUAAAACCAAUCAGCUUGAAUCAGAAUGUGUUCACAGAAACCCUCUGAUUCCAGCUAUGGGUGAAUGAGUGAGUGAGUGAGUGAGCGAGCGAGCAAGUGAGCGAGUGAGCAAGAGAGCCAGCACAUGUGGGGGGAGGGGAACAGGAAAUGCAUGCCAGAGGAACCUCAUGGGCAUCACACGAUAAACUGUGGAUCCGUAUAUAUAUAUAUAUAUUUUUUUUCGAGUUGAAAGAUGUGAGACAGUGUUCAUAAUAAUAAUGAAGACAAUAAUAAUGAGAAGGAUGGUGAUGAUUUAAAAAAAAAAACCUACUGCAAAUGUUACACUUCCCCCCCUGCAUGCCCAACACUCCUUAAUAGUUGUCACUUCGACCCCAGCCAUGAUGGAAGAAUACCAGCACCCUUGUGUGUGCCGGUUCAGAGCUCUGUCCCCACCUGCACCAUGUCACGGAGCAGCAGGCCCUUCCUGCUCUGCCAGGAAGCUGAUGCUGCAGGGACUCUGGCUGGACAUUGAUGCCUCUGGAAAUCAUGUCCGGGAGAACAGCUUACUCCUCUUUCCUCGCCUGGAGCCUCUCUGUGACACCCUUCUGUUGCAGUCUAGGAUUUAAUACUAGGAAAGGAAAACAGCACCAACCUGCACAGAGCAUAGUUUGGGGCAAUGGUGUCCACAUCUCCCCCUGGGGGAAGACAAGCACAGCGCUAAAACUCUCACCUUUCGUCACCCAAGGCGAAUUGAUUUCCAAGAAGUUUAUGUUUGGCCUGUGUUUAAACAGUGGCAUUUUGUUAUUAUGAAUUGUCCUUUUAAUGAAGACCCUCAGUUUUACUGUUUACAUGAUCAGGAAAACAGGGAUAUUUCUGAAUCUAAAAAUGUAAUAUACAGCAUAUGAUAUUUUGUUUUGAAGUUUACAUGUAAAGUCAUUUUACAGUGUAGGUGAAAUGUUUGUCUGAUUUUGAGAUUUAUCCCACAGUCACAUUUUUAGGUGAGCAUUUUAUUCACAAGACGUAGUAGUCAGUCUUUGAUAAUAAAAGGAAAAAGAUUGUUUGGUUUCCUUCAGAUAUAAAUUUAUCCAUUUAAUGAUGUAACCCAAAUCUGGUCAUAGAAGUUGAUUGCCCUAAACUGUGCUGGUUGUGUUUAAUCCAGUUGUAAAUUUCCAACACAGAUCAUGUAUUUUACCAACUUCCUGCACUUUCUGAAAGGCAUCAGGCUAAAAUAUUAGACUUGCUUAGAGUAGCUUAUCAAUUUAUAUGCUGUGCUAAUGCUGUGCCUUGGAAAUUCCUGUUGAAACCAUGAGAUGGUUUUGGUAGACAGUUUCAGGAAAGGGGGAAAUAUCCCUCUUCAGUAAUCAAUUACUUAACAACUCACCCAAGUCCUGUGCCAUGCUGCCUUUGCCAGUAACUUCAGGGCUCUCCAGGUUGCGACUGUGCCCAGGGAGUGUGGGUUGACAUCACAGUGUCUCUGGAAGCCAGCAGCCAUGCCGCCCCCACCCCUAUCGACUUUCCAUAGAUCUGUUACCCUUUACAGAUGAUGUUAACACCACUGAACAUAGUUGUACAAAUCCGCAUUGUGUGUAUUUAAUUGAUUCUGUCAUUUGGUUUCCUCCCACCCCUGCCCAACACACACACACACACACACACACACACA